GUCAGUUUACGACAGAGCGCAAGCAAUGUCUACUUCAAACAUUUACCCAAGUACAUCAAGAAUAGAAUUCUUAACCACAACAAGAGGAGGCAUAUCACUUCGGUACGAAGGCCGCCGUUACCACCGAAAAAAAGAUUUAUGUAAAUGGGGAAUCGUUCUUUAAGUGUUGUACUAAAAGUGGUUGCAAGGGCAAUCAAACUUUAAACUCUCGUAAUGAAAUUACAAAGUCACCAAAGCCACACGACAGCGACUGUGAAAGCAACUAUGAAAGAAAUGUCAUUUUAAAGCAGAUGGACUACCUAAAGCAAAAAAGCAGUUCCAACUUUGAAUCAAUACAGAAGCAGUAUGAAAAGGUAGUGCAUGAUCUUAAAGACAAUGGUAUUCAUUUUCUUGCUGAUAUACCAAAAUUUAAUUCUAUAAAGACUGGCCUUUAUAAUGAACGGAACAAGGUUUUAGGUGUAUCAAAAUCUCGUUUUCAACAUUGUCGUGAUGCAGAAAUACCCUCUAAAUUUAAACGUUUUUUACUUGCUGAGUAUGUGGAUGACGAUUAUCGUAUAAUUGUGUUUUGUACCAAUGAAAACAGAAGAAAGUUAAGUUACUAUUACCACUUUUAUGCCGAUGGUACAUUCAAGAGUUGCCCAAAAGGGUUUAAACAACUUUAUUCUAUACAUGGAUAUAAUAAACAGAGUCAGUCGGUAGAUCCUUUGUUAUUUGCAUUAUUACCUGAUAAAAAGCAGAAGACCUAUGAAAUUUUGUGCUAUUUAAUAAAAGCAACAUUACCAUCUUGGAGGCCUAUAAAAAUCACUCUAGAUUUCGAAGUAGCUGCCAUUAAUGCUUUUCAAAACGUUUUUCCAAAAAUAAUAUUUAAGGGUUGCUAUUUUCACUUUAACCGUUGCUUGUGGAGGAAAGCAAAAGAUUAUAAUAUAAAGCUAAGGACUGAGAAACGACAUGUAGCGCGGUGUGUGGGACUUGCGCGAUUGCCAAUUCAAUACAUAGAAGACGGAUAUGAUUACGUAAUGAAUAGAAGCCCCAAUGGUGAAGGAAUUAACAAGUUUAAUAUGUAUUUUAAAAAACAAUGGAUGAAAAACAAUCAAAUGCUCGAUACUUGCUCUUGUUCAAAUGAGAAAAUAAGGACAAAUAAUAACAUCGAAGGGUGGCACGGAAAAAUAAAUAAGUAUAUUGGGAGAAAAUAUCCAUCACUGUCACAAUUAUUGGAAUGUUUAGAAACCGAUAGUGGUAGUUUGGCAAGCGAGUCGUGGCACUAAGCAUUUUUACAAAUUUUUUAUGUGGCAACAUUUUCGAACUGUCAUGUCAAACGUCACAAAUCUGUUUUGUAACCUAUCGUCUAGUGUAUUUUUAUCAAAAUAUUCCGAAAUUAUGUCGAAACCGAUAAAAAGUGGCGUGAGAAGUAUGUUGUAUACUAUGAUAAAUAAUUACGAACAUUGAAAAAGUGAAUUCAGUGAAGCUGCGAUGGAAAAACAACGCCUUUUGGAUGAAAUCCUGUCCGCGUCAGCUCGUGUGGAUGAUGAAGUUAGAAAUUCAAUUCAAGGUCUAGUUCUGGAGUUACAAAAAAGUCAAGAAAAUGAGAUGUGGAAUUCAAAGUCACGAUAUAUAACACAAAUCAGCACCAUGACAGGAGUAAGUGUUAGAACAUUACGACGAAUACAAAAAGAAGGUUCUAUGAACCAAGGUGAAUGGAAUACACCAGGUAAAAAACGACCACGGCAACCGACAGUGUCCAAUUUGGAUGAUUUUGAUAUUUCUGUCAUAAGAAACAAAAUAAACGAGUUUUAUGUUGUCAAAAAGUGUGUUCCAACCUUAAGAAGCUUACACAUGGAGCUGCAGGAUUCAAUUCAGUUCUCUGGAAGCCGGGAAACGCUGCGACAACUUUUACAUAAA